GUAGAGAUUUCCAAGUCCCAAAACACCUCAAAACUCCGCAAUCCCAGAUCUUCCACAAGAUAAACCCUCCCUCCUUAAUCCCCAUCUCACCACUUAUCAUCCGCCACGUGCCCAAAUAUCACCACAGUUACAACCAUCUGCAUCACUAUACCAUCGUCUCUUUUAUCAAACCCUCCAUGCGCGAGAAAGAAAGAAAAUCCAAGGCCUAACCCAAACCCUAAUUCUAAUCUCUCCACAUCCCUUCAAAACAAAAUGAAGGCCGAACUUAGGGGCACCCCAAAACCUAUCACCCUCCCAAACCCUAAUCUCUUCAACACUCCUCAAGGUUCUCUCUCUGGUGCCCUAAAGGGCUGCCUGGGCAGCUUAGAUGGCGCUUGCAUAGAGAAGCUUCUCCUCCACUGUGCAAGUGCCCUAGAGUGCAACGACAUAACCCUAGCGCAACAAGUGAUGUGGGUACUCAACAAUGUCGCUUCGUCACUCGGCGACCCUAACCAAAGGCUCACCUCAUGGUUCUUGAGGGCACUCAUCUCCAAGGCUUCUAGGGUUUGCCCUACUUCCAUGAACUUCCAUGGCACUGCUACCCUUCAGCGGGCCACGACAAGAUCGAUGACUGUGACUGAGCUAGCAGGUUAUGUGGACCUCAUUCCAUGGCACAGGUUUGGUUUCUGCACAGCGAAUAGCGCCAUCUUUAAGGAGAUCGAAGGGCACUCAAAGGUACAUAUCUUGGAUUUCAGUAUUACACACUGUAUGCAAUGGCCUACACUCAUUGAUGCCCUAGCAAAGAGGCCUGAAGGUGCUCCGUCUCUUCGCAUCACAGUGCCAUCCUCUAGGCCACCCGUUCCUCCUUUGCUCAAUGUCCCUUGUGAAGAAGUAGGUCUACGUUUGGCAAAUUUUGCUAAGUUAAGGGAUGUCUCCUUUGAAUUUCAUGUAAUUGAAGGCCCUUCAUCUAAUCCUAGUGAUGUUUUAUCGGAGUCCUCUUUGCUCCACCAUGAAUUUCUCUUGGCCCAGCUGAAUCCCUCUUCACUGGACCUUCGAGAUGAUGAGGUCUUAAUCAUUAAUUGCCAGAAUUGGGUGCGAUACUUAUCCGAUGAGCUGGUUGUGAGCACUCAAGAUCCUUCUCUCCGAGACAGGUUUCUAGAUGCUAUUCGAAGUCUCAAUCCUAGUAUUGUUGUUGUGGUUGAUGAGGAUUCAGAUUUGGACUCCCCGAGCCUCACAUCAAGGAUUACUGCGUGUUUCAACUAUUUGUGGAUACCGUUUGAUGCUUUAGAGACUUUCUUGCCUAAGGAUAGUUGCCAAAGGAUGGAAUAUGAAGCCGAUGUCGGGCACAAGAUUGAGAACAUCAUUGGCUUUGAAGGGGUACAGAGGAUCGAGAGGUUGGAAUCCGGCAAUCGGUUGGUGCAACGCAUGAAGAAAGCCCAGUUUCAAAGUGUCCCAUUUUGUGAGGAGACUGUGAGGGAAGUGAGGUUCUUAUUAGAUGAGCAUGCUAGUGGCUGGGGAAUGAAGAGGGAAGAUGACAUGUUGGUGCUCACAUGGAAGGGCCAUAAUUCAGUCUUUGCUACAGCUUGGGUGCCUUGUAGGAUUGAUGAGUAAAAGGGUGAGGAAUGACUUAUUAGGGGCUCUAAGGUAUGUUUGGAUGCUCAAUCUGAUUGAAUUGCCUGAAUCCAAUCUAAUAUAGUAGAAAUGACCAACUUGGGACUAUCUCAAGAUAGCUCUCGUAAUCGAUUAAGAGCAAAAUGGUGUUUGGACAUUAUUUUCAACUAAAAUGGUGCCACCCCACUUGGUUCAUUUCUUCUCUGUUGAACUGGAUUUUUGAAAUUCAAUGAAGCGAGCAUCCAAACGCACCAUAGGGAGAUGGAUAUACUUUGUGGUCCAAGGUGAGAACCACGACAAAAUAUGGUAGCUUUCGCCGUUGGGAGAAGGCUGCAAAAGGGUACUGAGACAUGGAGGAAAAUGGAAAUUAGGUUCGAAGAUAAAGUUCAUGCAUGUCACCGUUGUGGUCGAGCCAUGGAUAUGUUCACAUGAAGAGAAAUGUACAUAUUGUCCAUAUGUGUGAGACUCUGAGCAGAUCCUCUUCUUUUUUUUUUUUUUUUUUUGCAUGAUUCUAGUUUGGAAGCUUUAGUGUAAAAUACAAAUUAGUGCACUUGAUGUGAUUGGAGACAAAACGCCCCAUAAGCUAUAUUAGCCUUUUCUUAAUGCCCUGUCAAGGAAACAAGAAUGUUAAUUUGUUAAA